UCAGAUCAGUUCAACUGAAUGACUGUUCAUUUCAAUGAACUGAAUAUACAAUUCAGUGUUUGCUCGGCAUUUGAAACCGAUGGCAAAACAAUAAUGCACGUAAUGUUUAGGUCGAAUUUAUCAAACAUUUUACCGCUGUAAAUAUUUGGUUUAUUUUAACAUGGAGACAGCGGAGACAACAGAAGAGCUGUUAGCCAAGCAGCAUCGCAAGGAAAAGAAAGACCUGCAAGCAAAGAUACAGAGUAUGAAAAAUGCUGUUCCCAAAAAUGACAAGAAGAGAAGGAAACAACUGACUGAGGACAUUGCCAAAUUAGAGGCCGAGCUUAGUCAAAAACACGAGAAUGAGCUUAGACAACGAAACAUCUCUUCCUCGGUGGAAGAGGUUUCAAAUGCAUUGGAUUCUGUAAAUUUGGCAAAUAAUGAGGAAGAAACAGAUGGCAAGCAAACGCGGACAUCUAAAGCGCAAAAGAGACGGGACAAAAGAGCUGCCCUUGAGAAGGAGCGAGAGACUCGGAUCGCUGAGGCAGAGGUGGAGAACCUCACAGGCUCUCGUCAUCUGGAGAAUCUAAAGCUGAAAGACAAGCUGGCAGAGAGACACCUGCAGAUCAAAGAGAUCUCCUCUGAUGGACACUGCAUGUACCGUGCUGUAGAGGACCAGCUGUUGGUGCGAGGCUGUGCUCUUGGCCUCAAAGAGCUUCGGGCUCGAACAGCUCAGUACAUGAGGAGCCACACAGAUGACUUUCUACCUUUUCUUAGUGACCCCAAUACGGGAGACAUGUACACUGCAGAUGAGUUUGAGAAAUACUGCAAUGAUGUUGCAGACACAGCGGCUUGGGGUGGACAGUUAGAGUUAAAAGCCCUUUCACAAGUCCUCCAGCUGCCAAUUGAAGUCAUCCAGGCAGAGUCUCUUUCUAUAAUUAUUGGUGAAGAAUAUGACAGGCCACCAAUCACACUCAUUUAUAUGCGGCAUGCGUAUGGACUCGGUGAGCACUAUAACUCUGUGGAGCCCCUUAAAGAUUUAUCUAACGAGGAGGAGAGCUGAUCAAAUAAAACAUAUAUUAAUAUA